UCAUGAACUACACCUCCCAGCAUGCCGCGCGCCGCAGAAACGUCAUAUGAGCGUGCCGGAGGAUUUCCGCGCCUGGACUCUGCUUGGGUCUUUCUUCUGGAGGUUCUGUGUUAAUCGGUUCUGCUGGUUCCGCUCGGGGGCAGAAUGGGCCCGGUCGAGCGUCUCCACAUGUCCGUGUUCUCUCAGAGCUUCUCGCCGUGCGGACGCUUCCUGGCGGCCGGGAACAACUACGGGGAGAUCGGCGUGUUCAGCGUGUCUGCAGCUCUGAGCCCGGACGCCGGUGCCGACAGCCUCAAACCGGUCCUGGCGUUCACAGCUCACGAGGGUCCAGUCUUCAGCCUCCUGACCACGGACGGCGUCCUGCUGAGCGCCGGGAACGGUGAGAUCAGCGCCUGGAGCUGGACCGAGCUCAGCAAGAAGAGUGUCAAACCUCUGUGGAGCAAGAGACCGACUUACAGCUCCAGUCUGGAGAUCCCAGAGAUCAACGCCAUGGUGUGGAACCCACGGGACAACAGCUUGGCGGUGGGGGGUGGAGACAACAACAUUCACGUCUUGGAUCUGGAGCACGGCGUCUUUAAGGCGGUCCUUCACGGACACACAGACUACGUGCACUGCUUAUGCAUGAGAGAGCGGGAGGCGGAGCUUCUCUCGGGUGGUGAGGAUGGAGCGGUGAGGAUGUGGGACAGCAGGACUGGCCGCUGCGUUCACUGCCUGGAGGUCCACAAGUACGAGGCGUGUGCACGGCCCCAGCACGGAAAAUGGAUCAGCUGCCUGACCACAGACUCUGACUGGAUGGUGUGCGGUGGGGGGCCGGCGCUGUCCCUGUGGCACCUGCGGUCGUUGUCCCCCACCUCCGUCUUCCCACUGAGCAGCUGCCAGCGCCAAGUCGCCUUCCACCAGGACGUGAUCCUGGCGGUGGGGGAGGGGCCGUUUGUGUCUCACUGCCUGCUGGGGGGGGCGGUGAAGACGCAGAUCCCGUGUACGCCCCAGAGCCUGAAUACUCUACAGAUCAACGCCGGCAGCUCGGAGCACAAAGUGCUGACGGUGGGGGGGAGCAGCAGCUGCAUCGACGUCUUCACCAACCCGUCCUACAGAGCCUUCUCCCUCAGCUUCUGACGCCCUCAGGAACUCAAUAAACUUUGAAACCCG